AUGGAAUCCCGGGGCCAGGCUCACCCGGGCCCCCAGUACGUGGGCCUCUGGGACUUCGAGGCCCGGAUGGACGAGGAGCUGAGCUUCCGGGCCGGGGAUCUGUUCCACGUGGCCAGGAAGGAGGAGUGGUGGGGCGUCACGUUGCUGGAUGUGGCGGGCAGGGCCCUGGUCGAGGGCUACAUGCCCCACAACUACCUGGCCGAGAAGGAGACGGUACAGUCUGAGCCCUGAGUGUGGUUCUUUGGCCUCGUCUCCCGCUCGGAAGCCGUGCACCAGCUGCAGGCCGAGGACAACAGGCCAGGGGCCUUCCUGGUCAGGGUCAGUGAAAAACCGGGUGCUAUGUUCUCUCAGGUAGUGUGGGACAGGCAGGCCAUGCGGCAUUACAGGAUCUGGCUGCACCUCCGUGAGGCUGCGUCUUCCUUCCCCAGUCUGUCCGAGCUCCUGGAACAUCACAAAGCCCAGAGCCUGUCCCAUGGCCUGCAGCUGACCGUGCCCUGCCAGAAGCAUGAGCCCAAGCCCCUGCCUCACUGUGAUGACUGGGAGAGACCGCGGGAGGAGUUCACGCUCUGCAGGAAGCUGGGGUCUGGGUACUUUGGGGAGGUCUUCGAAGGGCUCUGGAAAGACCGGGUCCGAGUGGCUAUUAAGGUGAUUGCUCGAGAUGAUCUCCUGCGGCGCACAUUCCAGUUGGAGAUCCAGGCCAUGGAGCAGCUACGACACAAGCACAUCCUGGUGCUGUACGCCGUGGCUUCCGUGGGGGACCCCGUGUACAUCGUCACGGAGCUCCCCGGCCCGAGGGGAGCCUGCUGGAGCCGCUGUGGGGUGAGCCGGCCGGUGGGCAGCACUCAGGGUUCCUUUCCCGGGGAUGAUCUCCUGCGGCGCACAUUCCAGUUGGAGAUCCAGGCCAUGGAGCAGCUACGACACAAGCACAUCCUGGUGCUGUACGCCGUGGCUUCCGUGGGGGACCCCGUGUACAUCGUCACGGAGCUCCCCGGCCCGAGGGGAGCCUGCUGGAGCCGCUGUGGGGAGGACAUCUACCUUUCCCACGACCACAACAUCCCCUACAAGCGGACCGCCCCCAAGGCCCUCUCCCAAGGGCUUUACUCCAUCAAAUCCGACGUCUGGUCCUUCAGGAUCCUCUUUCAUGAGAUUUUCAGCAGGGAUCAGAUACCCUAUCCAGGAAUGUCCAACCGCGAGGCGUUCCUGAAUGUGGAUGCAGGCUACUGGAUGCCCUGCCCCCUAGAGUGCCCCCCCGCCACACAUAAGCUGAUGUUCUCGUGCUGGCACAGGGACCCCGAGCAGAGGCCCUGCUUCCGAGCCCUGCGGGAGCGGCUAUCCAGUGUCAGCAGGUAUGAGAACCCGCUCUGA